AUUAUAGACGGUACAAGAUACACCAGGGCCCUCCGCGCACGCGAUGCUAUUUGAGCCCUGCCGGACCCUCUCCCACCUCGGAUCCCAUCUCUCGACGCUCUUUUGAGUUGGACUAGACAACUGGAUCGACAAAGACGACAGCGCCCUCGACUACGCCCGUGGUGAAGAGUGACGGCCCACUCCACUCCAGACACCACAGUCAAGUAGUCACUCACCAUCAUGUCGGGUAAGACCAUGAGCACAGAGGGCCUCGACCCCAAGGACAACAAUGUCCACCUCGUGUAUAUCCCCGCCGCAGUUUUUGUCGUCAUAUGUCCCGUCCUCGUCGCCCUGCGCGUGUGGGCGCGCCUUAGAGGAGGCGGUAGCAUGGGCCCCGACGACUACGCUGCCAUUGCGGCUCUGGUCUUCGUGCUCCUCCUGAGCGGCUUUCUCGUAGCCGCCUGCCAGUAUGGCAUGGGGAGACACAUGGCCUUCCUCGAGCCCGAUGUCAAGUACGAGACCAUGAAGUUCUUCUACCUCGCGCAGGUCGUCUACAAGGCCGCCAUCAACCUCUCCAAGGUCUGCAUCCUGCUCCUCUACCUGCGCAUCUUCAACAAGAUCCGCUGGUUCCGCUUCGCCUGCUGGGCCCUGCUGGGCUGCGUCGGCAGCUACAUGAUCGCCUCCGUCUUCGCCACCAUCUUCCAGUGCUCGCCCAUCCAGCGCUCCUUUGACAAGUCCAUCAAGGGCACCUGCGUCGACAACAGCCAGUUCUGGUACGCCAACGCCGGCUUCUCCAUCGCCACGGACGUCAUCAUCCUGCUGCUGCCCAUGCCGCUCGUCUACCAGCUGCAGGUCCCCUGGCCGCAAAAGGUUGCUCUCAUGGCCGUCUUUGCCCUCGGCAUCUUUGUCGUCGUCACCUCGUGCCUGCGCGUCACCACCCUCGAUAUCCUCGCCACCACACCCGACACCACCUACGACAUUGCCAACGUCAUGUGGACCAUUAUCGAGCCCAACAUUGCCGUCGUCUGCGCUUGUCUGCCCAUCCUGCGGCCCUUUAUCGUCAAGCUCAUCCCCAUGCUACGCAGCAAGGGCUACUCCAACCCGUACGCCACACCCGGCUACGGCACCGGCACGCACAAGUCUCGCGGCCUUGGUACGCAGGUCGGUGGCAGCCAGGCCCGCGGGGGUGGCGGCGACGAUGAUGCGCACUGGGUCGAGAUUGGCGGCGGCAAGAAUGAGGGCAUGGUCAUGACCACCAUGCAGAGGAACAACUCGGUCGCCGGUAGCCAGGACAGCAUCCUCGGCGGCAAGACAGCCACCAACACCAUCCACCACGGGGCUGGCGAUAGGAAUAGCGACGGGCACGAGGGGAUCCAGAAGACGGUGGAGUACACGGUGCAGUACUCGAACAAGGACUGAUGUCUUUGCCGCGGGUUUGUUUGUUUGGGUUUAUAGAUGGUGCGACAGUUUAUACCACACGUUCUGUAUGACUAAAACGUAUAUUUCACAUCCACGAGGAACGUCAAUUUUUCAUUAUUCUCGUGUCAUCUCGCUCUGCUAUGAGCCAACUCUUUAACAUCCUUCUGCGGCGUAUUUCUUGAAGAGCCAUCAGCUGCCUUCCGUGUCUUGACGUCUACACAAGCUUGCUGAAAGCGGACUAAACUGACUCGUAAUUCAUGAUAAGAAGGCCGACGGGGCGGCGGAAACCCAUCCAAGCGCUAAAG